AUGGGGCACUCUGUUCACAAAGUGGACAUCAGCAAACGGCUCAUCCACACAACGCCAUACACAUUGUCUGCCAUCGUCCCGGAACCAGCGGAUGCCCCAAAUCGUUGCGCGUGCUAUGUUCCCACCGAAGUGCACUGUACCUUCAGAUAUCUGACCGCAAUACCAGGCCAGAUCCAGACGGCUGUGGAAAGAAUUAACUUAGGGUAUAACAGUAUAACUGCAUUGAGGGAGAAUGAUCUGUCUGGGCUGGAGCACCUGGAGCUGCUGAUGCUGCACAGCAACACCAUCCACAGCAUCGCUGACGGGGCCUUUCAAGACCUCAAGUCCUUACAGGUCCUGAAGAUGAGCUACAACAGAGUGAAGGAGAUCAACAGGGACACCUUCCAAGGCCUGGAGGGCCUGGUGCGACUCCACGUUGACCACAACCGCAUCGAGUUCAUCAACCCGGAGGCGUUCUACGGUCUGACCGCGUUACAGCUGGUCCAUCUGGAGGGCAACCUGCUCCAGCAGCUCCACCCGGACACCUUUAUCACGCUGAGGCACAGCCAGGUGUUCAAGGUGUCCUCUGUCAGGAUCAUCCACCUGUCUGACAACCUCCUCACCAGCCUCCCCAAAGACGUCUUUACUGGUUGCUCCCAGCUGGAGAACAUCUAUCUCCAUGGCAACCCAUGGUCCUGCGACUGUCGCAUGGAUUGGUUCCCAGAGUGGGCUGGGAUAAAUACAGGUGUGCUGAAAUGCAAGCGAGACAGGAAGUAUGCCAGAGGUCAGGCCUGCCCCGUCUGUGAGACCCCCUCUCCCACUCGAGGCAGGAGCCUCACCCAGCUUCCCCGUGACGCCUUCACCUGUACCAAGCCCUGGAUCCACCCUCAUCUGAAGCAGAGGAACGUCAGCCUGGACGAGGGGGAUUACACCCCUGUCUCCCCCCGGGACUUCAUCGCCCCCAUCGGAUCCCUGCAGAUGAACCUGACAGAUCAGUUUCACAAUGACGCUAGCCUUACCUGCACGGUCCAGAGACCGUCAGCCAUGGAGAACCUGACUCUAACCCAGGUGGAGGAGGGGGAGAAUAACGUCACCAUGCUCUCCGUCACCGUCUCCACAUGGCUGGUCUGUAAUAUUGACUAUGACCACAUCCAGCAGCUCUGGCGCAUCCUGGCUACGUACAGCGACGUGCCCAUGAGGCUGGAGAGAGGGCUGAUGCUCUCCAGGACCCCAGACAUGAUCUACAAGUACAGCCAGAUCAGACCAAAGGAGGGAAAUAAUGAAAUCCACACAGACAUCGAGGCUGAGAUUAAGGCUUCACCCGCGUGGUUGAUGCAGGGAGAGGUCAACUUUCAGCUGGACCGCACCACGACCACAUUCUCCACCCUGCACAUUAAGUACAGGUCAGAGGUCAACCUGCGUGUUGAGAACAAAGUGUCGCAGAGGAGGGACCGUUACAGCUGGACCAUCAUCAAACGAGACAACCAGACCCAGACUGAGCACGCUGUCCUCAUAGGUGGGGUGGUGGAGCUCAACUGCCAGACCUUUGGGGUGCCAAAGCCUUCUGUAGAGUGGAUCUUAUCGGACGGCAGUAAGGUGCGGGCGCCCUACUCCAGCGAGGACCGCAGGAUAGUGAUCACAGCUGAUGGGAGGCUCACCCUGAGAGGGACAGACACCUCAGACGCUGGGCUCUACCGCUGCAUAGCCACUAACUACCUGGACGCAGACGUGCUCAGCUUCCGGGUCACGGUGCUGUCUCCCGACGUGGAGGAGGAGGAGGUCAACGGGGUCAAGCUCUCACGGCCUCUGGGCCAGAGCCUGGUUUUAGACUGUGGGUCAACAGGCAGCCCUGAUGCCUCGGUCCAGUGGAUUCUACCUGACCACACAGUUCUUGAUAAAUCCUAUGGCAACAGGAAGCUCUAUAGGAAUGGGACUCUAGGAAUAAAAGAUCUGACCUCCAGAGACAAGGGGUUUUACAGGUGUCUCAGUGCUAACCACCUGGGGGUGGACCUGCUGACUUCCCAGGUGACUGUCACUGGGGAGGGGUACAGGAAAGAGACGGUGAUGGAUAGAGAGGGAACCAUCAAGGAGUCAAGGACCAUCACAUCAGACAGGCCGUACCCCAGACUCAGGUCCUCCUCUCAGGGCAGGGGAUCAGGGGGCUCAGGGGGGAGGCGGAGGGGCCCAGCCAGCAGUAGGCGCAUAUGGAGCAACAGGAGGGUCUUUGAUCAAGCCUCCAGGAAAGUAGACCCCCAGAGAUUUGCAGAGUUCAUGAAGAAGGCUCAAGGUGGUUCAACAACAAAGACAGAGAGGGAGAAAGAAAAAGGAGAUUCAGAGCCUGACAUGUCUGGGGACGGGGAUGCUGCUUCUGGGGAGGGGGGCUGUCUCAUGAAGACAGACUCGUUGUUUUACCAAGCAGCGUCAUGCCAACCCCAGAUACUCCAGAUGAAAGUAAGAUGA